AUGCGCGAAGUCGGGAGGAUCGGGGUCCAGUCCGACAUCUCUUUCCUGGAAAGCCUUCAAGACGUCAUGCCGCAAGUCAGAAACGCGGAGCAAGAAAAGGCAAGCAUUGAUCUACGAGAGCAUCCCGCGAAAUGGCGACACCGCGACGUGGUGGUAAUUUUAGGCAGCAUGCCGGGUCACAUCACUGAUCCAACGGAGCUCGCGCACUCUCUGCGUGAAUCAUUGGGGGCGCGAACCAUUCGCCUCGUCAGUCUUUUCGGAGCGGAGAAGCAGGAGAGCACAUCCGCAGCAAGUAUCGACGCUGCUUCGUCGAAAGGUACGAAAAGCAGGACAAAAUCUUCGGCCAGUUCCUUCGUACGCGACGACGAUGAUGUGGAGCCCAUUUGCCUUUUUCCGCACUUCAAGCUCCCAAAACAGCGACCGUCGGUGGCGCACGAAGAGUUAGAGCUGGAGAUUUUGAAUUGGACCUGGCGAGCGCACUUGUGCCUGACGAGCAUCGCGACACAACAAGACCAGGAGAUCGCCGGUGCUCUCACAUCACAUACAAAAGGCGCUGACCACAACUACCACAAAGCAGACUUCUCGAAAGUGAUUUUCUCCGAAGCGGAGCUGCAAACGGCCUCGAGAAGCCUCGCGGCGAAGGUGACGCAAAGAAUCGCAGACAAGAAGAAGAGCGGCGAGAUUGCGGUGCUGAAUGCAAAGAGACCGGUUCUCGUGUGUGUCCUCCGCGCCGGCUUCUUCGUGCACGCAGACGUGCUGCGGAUUGUGUUGUUCGAGGAGAAAAAAAUGCUGGAGCCUGAUUGGGUCCGCGUGAGCACCUACAACAAGCAAUCCAUCACCGCGGGAAUCGAAGGGUCGCAUUCCGCGUUCCUGAUGGACCUGCAGACGAACGUAGCUGGUCGCGAUGUGAUCCUGCUCGACGACUCCGUGGGUCGCGGGCGGAGCAUGCGGUUACUGUGCGAACUUCUCGGAAAACGCGGGGUUUCGUCCAUUACCUGUGCCGCGUUGCUGACUCCCCGAGCGGAGGACAUGAGGCUGAUCGGAAAUACGGCGGCACUUCAGAAUAAAAACACAGUCCUUCUGGGUUAUCCGACCCCGGAGCUCCCACUCUACGCCCACGCGCUGCCGGAAGACUUGGGUGCAGAUCCGUUUUCAAAGAUCGGGGGCUACGGAAACGAUGCGGUCACGAAAUACCGACUUCUGCCGUUCAUAGGCGUGUUGCACGAACACAAAAGGGACGCGAUCUGGGCAGAGGACACUUUAUUCGGCGGGAUCGACUAUCGAAUGUUCGCACACCCGCAAUCGCCCGAGUUUCUGCAGCUGCAUGACAUUCAGCGCAAGACGAUGGCGAAACAUUCAACUUCGAAAUUGUAG